UCAUGGGAUCACUUACGACGCCAAGCACGACAAGUUGAAAACGAAAUCGAACUCAAGUUGGCGUCUUUGUCCAAAUUGGGGGCUACUGUAGCAUCUCGAUCAACUGGCCCUGGUGGCGAUGCUUUACCCAUGGGCAAACCAAGCCAAGAAUUAGAAAUCGAAGAGUUAUUAAAAAAGCUUAAUUCGGUGAUUGCAUCGAUGGGUGAGGUGUUGGAACGACCUAGCGCGACACCGACGAAUCCAUCCAUGACACACAUGUUGGAGCGGCAUAAAGAUAUAAUGUAUGACUAUAACAAGGAGUUUCGGAGAGUCAAGACAAAUAUGAAGGCAGCACAGGACAAGGCGAGUUUGAUGGAUCAAGUACAGGAUGAAAUUAGGAUGUAUAAUACGGCAAAUGGGGACGGAUCAGAUUAUUACCUAUCAGAGCGUAACCGUAUUGAGGGUACACAUCGUAUGACAGAUAUGAUUCUAGAACAAGCCUAUGCGACACGGCAAGAUGUUUCUCGACAGGGUCGAAUGCUACAAAAUGUGAAUAGUCGAGUUAGUGGAGUGAUUGGACGUAUACCGGGAAUCAACAACCUAAUCAGCCGCAUCAACACGAGGAGAAAGCGAGACACAUUGAUCAUGGCCGGCGUUAUAUCUACUUGUAUCAUUCUUAUUUUACUUUAC